AUGGCCGAAACUGUGUAUUCGUGCGAUCCUACAGCGCCCCUGGACUACUACUCCAGUCUGGACGGUGGGGGUCCACUGGUGGAUAAAUUCAAAGACAUCGAUGACAAGAUCCAGUUUAUUACUGCUAUGCGCCGACUUGAGGAUCCACUGACGGGGAAUUUCGUGUUGGAUUUUGGGAAUGAAGAUGCCUGGUGUGCGAGUGAUUUGAAUACGGAGGAGUUCAAAUUAUUGCUUGGCAAGCCGAGAGCCAAGUGUUUUGGUACACGGUGGAUUAAUAUCUGGGCACCAGAGGAACAGAAGGAAACCAUUAAGGCUAUUACUACACACUACGGAGUAUCAGAACGACUACAGGGGAUGAUGUGUACAGAGCCAGUGCGGCCGACACCACCACCGGUAACGCCAUCACCAAAGAAGAGAUUCUCACAAUCGCGAGACUUCGAGUCCUCAAUUCAUGAGAUUGACGACCCCGAGAAUGCGCUUAAGAAUAUCUCCGACCAUGACCAAGCGCAUGAGUCUGCAUCAUUCAAAAACUUGACUUUCGCACAGGUCACCGACCAGAUCUGGCAUUUUUCGUCUGUGGAUCAUGGUCCGCGAUACACUUGCAUCGGUUAUAAUACGUUAUUUGUGAUUCCCAAGAUUCCAAUGCCGAAUGGCAAGGGUCUUCCAGAUGGGAAGAGGCUUUGGACUUGGUUAAUCCAAUGCGAUGAUGGCACGAUCGUUUCGAUUCAAGAGAACCCGUUCCCAAGACCGGACGUGAUGCCCUUGAUAGAGCAAACCAAGCCCGUUCUUGAUAUCGUGCGCCGAAACGUCCGAUUUAUCUUUGCCGGCGUGUCAAGACAGCACUUAGCCAUGUCGGAAAGCGAGUCGCUAAUCACAAUCCGGGUACGACAUUUCAACGACCUCGGUCCCGACCAAGCCAAUAUCAAGCAGGAGGACGGACCGAGUUUGCUCUUUUAUUAUAUCUUCGACGACUGGGUAUCAAGUUACGGUCUGAUUGCGAAGCGGGAGCACAAAUACGGCGUUGCGCUCGAGGAACUGAGAGGCCAGAUGCUUGAACGCCCGAUCGUGGACCUAGUUAACGAAUUGCACUGGUUGGGUCGGCGACUCGCAGUUCUCAAACGGUUAUACCAGAGCUACGAACUCAUUAUGCGACGCCUGCUGCAGCGACAACGUAUGCUCCGCGACGAAGCUCGCUCUUUCCACCCCACCGCAUUCCCGUAUGGUGCCACCUUUGGUGAUAUGGAGUUUGUCGAAUUGCGCCAGUCCAGUCUUGUGAGCAAUACCGGGAUACCCAGUACUACGGACAAAUCAGUGGGGGUGCAGUUGAGCUCGACGGCCGUGGCGCGGUUCGAACGGUUGGUGGAUCGUAUUAAUCUGUAUUGUCUGAGCGAGAUUGAGAGCUGUCUCAAUGAGAAGGAGUCCAUGACGUUCCUGAACUUCAAUUUGAUCGCGCUCAAAGACUCGCAAGCCGUUGAGAAAUUGACCCGAAUCACUAUCCUGCUGGCGAAAGCGACCAUUUUGUUCCUACCCGUCAGCCUGAUGAGUGCAUAUUUCUCGACGGAACUCAAGGGUGUGAAGGGUGGAUACACCAAGACGGAUUACUGGGCGAGUUUCGCGGUGAUCUUUGUUGUAUCCAUUCUGCUGUUGACAGUUUUUGGAUAUGCCAGCGAUACGGUGGAAGGCAGGACUAUUUAUCGGUCUAUGGCGAAGACCUUCUUUCGGACCACACGCAGGAAGAUGAUGGGGACGGAAAGAUGA